AUACAAGUAUUAUCCACCAUUUUAAAGAUACACUUCUCGUUAAUCUUCUCAUUAAAUUGUAGGCCCUGUUCAGAGAUAUUAAUGCCUCUUGUAAGACCCUAUGAUUGUUCACACAGGAGAGAGACACGACUAUCCUGGAUCCUCUGGGGAGCCUCAACAACAUCCUGAUGCUGACGAGGCAGAGAAGAGUCUCUCCAGAUCAGAACACCAGAUGGACAACGCUAGCCCUUCCUCCCUCCCGGAGUCCCCGUGUCGUGCCUCUCCCAGUAGCACCUUACUGCUGGGUAUGAAGAGGUUGUCUGUGCUGCUGGUGGACUGCAGGAAAACAACGGGGCUGAGUGGAACUGUGAGAGGUGGAGAAGAGAUGAAAGGAUCAGAUUUGACUCAUCAAAGAGAGAGGCCAGACUCUCACUCUGACACUAGGAAGAGUCCUACAGGGGAAUCGGCCCCAGUGACAUCCAAACCAGCAAGACCCCACCACUGUUCCCAGUGUGGAAAGCGAUUUAUCCGGUUAGGGCACCUGAAACAACAUAAGAGAACACAUACAGGGGAGAAGCCAUUCCAAUGCUCCCAGUGUGGAAAGGGUUUUGGACAGUCAAGUGAUCUAAAAGUGCAUGAAAGAAUACACACUGGAGAGAAGCCGUAUCAAUGCUCACAGUGUGAAAAUACAUUUUUCUCAUCAGGGGACCUGAAAUCACAUGAGAAAACACACUUAGUAGAGAGGCCUUUCCAAUGCUCCCAGUGUGGAAAGGGUUUUAUCCAGUCAUCGCAUCUGAAAGAGCAUGAAAGAAUACACACAGGAGAGAAGCCAUUCCAAUGCUCCCAGUGUGGAAAGAGUUUUACCCAGAGAGGGAAGCUGACAAAUCAUGAAAGAAGACAUACAGGGGAGAAGCCUCAUCACUGCUCUCAGUGUGGAAAGGGUUUUGGACAGUCAGGGCAUUUAAAAGUGCAUAAAUGAACACACACUGGAGAGAAGCCAUAUCAAUGCUCCCAGUGUGAAAAUAAAUUUUUGUCAUCAGGGUACCUGAAAUCGCAUGAGAAAACACACUUAGUAGAGAGGCCUUUCCAAUGCUCCCAGUGUGGAAAGGGAUUUAUCCAGUCAUCACAUCUGAAAGACCAUGAAAGAAUACACACAGGAGAGAAGCCAUUCCAAUGCUCCCAGUGUGGAAAGAGUUUUACCCAGAGAGGGAAGCUGAAAGAUCAUGAAAGAACACAUACAGGGGAGAAGCCUCAUCACUGCUCUCAGUGUGGAAAGAGUUUUGGACAGUCAGGGCAUUUAAAAGUGCAUGAAAGAACACACACUGGAGAGAAGCCGUAUCAAUGCUCCCAGUGUGAAAAUAAAUUUUUCUCAUCAGGGGACCUGAAAUCACAUGAGAGAACACACUUAGUAGAGAGGCCUUUCCAAUGCUCUCAGUGUGGAAAGGGAUAUAUUCACUCAUGGCAUCUGAAAGAGCAUAUGAGAAUACACACGAGAACAACCAUUCCAGUGCUCUCAGUGUGGAAAGGGGUUUAACUGGGUAGUGAGCCUGAAAAGGCAUAAAAUGACACACGCAUGAGAGAAGCCUUUCCACUACUCCCAGUGUGGAAAAAGUUUGACCCAUUUAGGGAAUCUAAAAAUGCACGAGAGGGCACACUCAGGAGAGAAGCCUCACAUCUGUUCCCAGGGUGGAAAGGGUUUUGUUCAGUUAGUGCACCUAAAAACACACGAGAGGACACACAUGAGUGUAGCCUCACCUUUGCUCCCAGUGUAGAAAGGGUUUUGUUCAGUUAGUGCACCUAAAAACACACGAGAGAACACACACAUGAGUGUAGACUCGCCUUUGCUCCCAGUGUAGAAAGGGUUUUCUUCAGUUAAGGGGCAUGAAAGAAAAUGAGAGACACACACAGGUAGAAGACACCAUUGGAGCAGGGCUUCAUUCAUUUCAAAACCAGUGUUUACAUCACCUAGAUAUGAAAAAACAACCAGUUGAAUAAAGGAAUGCAUUUACAAAUUCUUCAACUACAUAUCAUAUUAAGAAUUUGAAAGACAGUACAAUAAUAAAUAUUAAAAUUAUUUGGAUGUAUUUAAAAUAGUUGUGAAUGUACUUAGUAGUAGUUUAAAAAAAAAAAGUAACAAACAACGUCACAUGUACAGGUCUUAUUUCACUGUUUAAUCACAAUAUACAGCCCAACUCUACAUUGGUGUCCCAUCUGGUGUGGCUUCUUCUGCUCAUCUGCUUCUUUCAGAUUUUUGACAAGCUUUCCAUUGUACCUGGCAGAGCAAUUGGUGAGAUGUUUAGUCAGUUCUCUUAUUUUUUUUAUUUUACCUUUAUUUAACUAGGCAAGUCAGUUAAAGAACAAAUUCACUGUACCUGAUUUGUACCUUGUCAGUUCGGGGGUUUGAACUUGCAACCUUCCCGGUUACUAGUCCAAUGCUCUAACCACUAGGCUACCCUGCCGCCCCAUCCAUCUGAUGUAUGGAAUGAUGUAGCUGUGCUGUGAUGAUUUUGAAUCCUUGCACGCAAUCUGUGGCAAGCAUGUAGGAGCAGUAUAGACCUUGUCUGUUCAUUAUAUACAUCUACAUGAUGUGUUGUUACACCAUGUAGGAGCAGUAUAGACCUAGUCUGUU